UUGUAAACAGAGUACUUACUUAAACUUUCCAGUAUGCCAUGUUGGUUCGCAUGAGUAGAAGCAAGGAAAUGGCCUGUUCACCUGCUUUCGCCACAAAGAAGUUUAGGUUUAGGAAAGACUUCUACCUGAAUUUGCAGAGUUCUCCCAAAUACCGUAGUGUUACUCUGUUAAUACACUGCCUUUCAUCUCUGGGAGACGGUUGCUCUCUCUUGAAUUCUAGUCAUCUUGUUGCCCUUCACGUCCUUUUUCAUUCUUUACAAAACUUGGUUUCAGGCUGGCCUAAGCUGACUUAGAAAUAGCUCUCUUUCUGUUGUCUGGUGAAGUGGGACCUAUGAUAACUUACAUACAUCCUGAGUUUAUAGAGGAAAGACUAUGCCGUUAAUGUUACCCAUUUAUCUCCACAUUUCUGCAGGUUUUGGAAUGACCACACCAGCAACUGUGGCUGGAAAAGUAUUCCUCAUUGUUUAUGGCCUUUUUGGGUGUGCUGGGACUAUUCUUUUCUUCAACCUCUUCUUGGAGCGUAUUAUCUCUCUCCUGGCUUUUAUCAUGAAGGCUUGCCAUGAGAGACAGCUGCGAAGAAGUGGUCUCCUACCUCCCAACUUCCGAAGGGGGUCAGCUAUCUCUGGGGUGGGCAGCCUCGUCGGGUGGAAGCCAUCCGUUUAUCAUGUGAUGCUGAUCCUGGGAAUUUUUGCUAUCACACUUUCUUGCUGUGCCUCAGCAAUGUACACAGCAGUGGAAGGAUGGAACUACAUUGACUCCUUGUACUACUGUUUUGUCACCUUUAGCACCAUUGGCUUUGGAGAUUUGGUAAGCAGCCAAAAUGCUGUAUACCAAAAUCAGGGAUUAUACAGAUUCGGAAACUUCCUGUUUAUAUUAAUGGGGGUAUGUUGCAUAUACUCUCUUUUUAAUGUAAUCUCAAUUGUAAUCAAGCAAGUUUUGAACUGGGUGUUGAAAAAAUUUGAAUGCAGAUGUUGCCCAAAGUGCCAUAAAUCAAGUGCCCGCCUUGGACGUCGCAAUGCCAUUACCCCAGGAGCUCGCCUACGUCGACAUAACAUCUCUAUGGAAACUGAUGGACAGUACGACAGCGACACCGAAGGGAGGAGGCUUUCUGGAGAGAUGAUUUCUAUGAGGGAGCUCACGGCAUCGAAUAAAGUCUCUCUGGCCAUUUUGCAAAAGCAGUUGUCUGAGACAGCCAAUGGCUACCCAAGGAACGUUUGUAUCAAUACAAGACAAAAUGGUUUUUCUGCAGGGGUGGGUGCUCUAGCCAUCAUGAACAACAGAUUGGCAGAAACAAGUGAUUCUAGGUAGAGUUUUUGAAGUUUUCUUCUAUAAGAAAAUGAUGCUUUCUUAUUGUUUCUUUAAUAAAAAUAAAAUGGUGAUUAGGGUGGAAUUAUCACCAUAAACUCCUGGAAAGUCUUAAAUUCAGAGAGAGACUUGGUAUUCAUUGGACGUUUCGCAGUUUGGCUUCCAGGUUUUUUUAUGAGUCUUCUCUAAUAUGCAGUAACAUCUUAACCAUAAUGUUACAGUUUUCCCCAUAGGUUGUGUUGGGAAAGACAUGGUGCGGAAUUUGAUGCAAUUUUGAAAGAAUGGUGUGCAUGGCUAAGAGGGUGUCUAAACCAACAUACUCGUCUACAGAAAACAGCCUGAACCAAACUCUGGGUUAAAGCGCAUUCUGGGAAAGUUCAGUUCCAGAUUCAAGCUUGAGGGCUUAGGGCUGGCUAAACCCGUAUCUCACAGUUUGGCGAAGGGUGGAUCUGGCCCUGAGCUUUGUACUUAAUGCUCCUCACCAACUCCUCAUGCCAGGCCUGUAUAUAACAUACAUGUAGGUGACUGCAAUUACACCAUCUUUAGGGUGAUUGUGCUUCACUUGAAUACUACUACUGAUUUCAAUGGUGGACGAUCAAAUUGACUUAAUUCCCCUGACGAUGAAUGAAGUUUUUCAGCCAGUCUUGUCUGAAACACUACCUGCUACCUGACUUUUGGAAGUCAGGGAGUUAUCAGUUAGAACGACCACGUUAGAACGUGCAAAACUAUUCCCACCUGCUGAGUAACUGAAAACAGGCAAUUGUCAGCGUCAGUACUGUCCUCAUUCAAUGCAAAGAAGCCAGUGUUCACCUCUGAUGUCAAAUAUUUGUAUUGCCACUAAAAUACUGGAUCCAAGGCAGCAGCAUGGCAAGACCCUUUGCAGUUCCUGUUGACUUCAGUGGGAGCUGGACUGGCUCCCAGAGCCGGGUUCCCCAACGGAUUUGGGCAUCUGGUUGCUACUCUAUGCACUUAUGUCUGACAUUUCAUCACUCCCAAAAUCCUUGAAAACCUCCAUUCUGCUGCUUCUUAACCUCAGAGGCGCGCAAAAAAAGUACAUGCCCGGAUUUCUACCCGUGAAGUCGGCUCGAUGCCCCUGUUUCUUGCAGUGCAAAUAUCCCCAAAUGCUGACACCCCUCAGUCAUGUGGACCCCAUCUCAUACAUAAGCCCAUAAAAAUUCACAGAGCCAUCUAGCUCAGCAAGCCCAAUUUAUUGUGGGUUUCAGCGCAUGCUACUGAAUUGGGUCUCACUGGAGAGCUUCUGACGAGGAGUGACUUUACAGUUCCCUCCUCUUCAUAUUCAAUAGCCAAAGUAUUUUUCAGGGACACAUGAAAACCAACUCAAAAUCCCUAUUUACCUGUCUAAUAGCACAGCCUGGGCACCCGUCACCUGUGUGCUCGAGUACAGUAGCCAAGAGGAAAUAGGAGAUUCUGGGAAUCAGUCUUUCUCAGUCCCUCCUGCCCUUUCUUUAGCUUUCUUCUAGCAAAUUCAGUGAGAAGUUGCCAUGUUUGGGCACCUAAUUCUUCCUUUUUAUUGUGUAUGGUCCAGCGCGGGAUUCCCCAGCUGGCAGCUGGCUCCAUUUGUGAAUCAAACCCUAAACAUGCACCCGUUGCAUCAAAUGCAAUUCCUGCUUUUUUUUUCAUUUUCACACACAAAGCAAAUAUCUGCAGUACCUGGACACAGGCUGAAGCACAAGAAAUGCAGAAGGAAACUGAAGGAACAGAGUGGGAAAAGGAAAGCACGCUGCACUAGAUUGCACUUUCUUUGCAGUAAAAAUGGAAGGAUAGCCUUAUCAUCAUUCAUCUACAAAGAAGCAACAAAAGAAGUGGUGCUCCAAACACAAAGUAAGGUGCUAAAUUAUACAGUUGGGCCCAAAACCUCACAAAUAUGACACAGAAUUACAGUACCUUUACUUUUUAAUGCUUAAGUGCACUCUGUGGCAAACCAGAACUAUUUCUUGAGGGGAGGCCUCUGCUUCUGGCAGCACUGGGGUGGUAAAGACCUACAUUUUCUUCUUCUGUACGAAAGCAAAAUAUAUUCGGGGACACAUUUGGUCUGAACAAGACCUACCUGAAUAGGAUGUGCUGGACUGAGGUGAAAGUAGUUUUAAGCACUCCUGUGGUCCAGGACCGUGGAUACUGGUCCAGUCCCCAGUACAAAACAGAUCUGCCGGAGGGCUUCUGUAUUUUGCAGGGAAAAGCUGAACGUCAUGGCAACGUGCAGCAGCCUCUUCUGGCCAAGCCUCUCCAGCGGAGGGGCCAGGAGGGAGCGUGGGAUUCAUCUCAUCGCCAUCCACUGAUUUGAGGCCAGCGAAUGUACUGCCAGUAAACUGGUGCAAAUCAUCAGCAAUGUGGUCAUAUCCCUGGCUUUUUAAUGGGCUAAAAACAUCAUAAAAUAUAGAUAUCAUUUUCUAUUUUAAUGAUUAAAAAGGGUGUUGCCCGUUAUUCACAGCCUACGCACAAGAUGUCAUGAUUUUCAGUAUUCCUGUGCUGAUCACUCAAUCCAUUUGACACCUAACCUUCCGCUGCCUUGCUAAUUCUGUCACAAGACCUGCCUUGAUGAUUACCCAAACAUGCCUUGUUAUCUCUUGAUAGUUUUGAGGAAAAAAAACCAAAAAACAAAAAACCCACCCCCAGAUUAAUAUAUCAGAAAAGCAAUGCAAUACUAAAUGAAUGAAACAGUAAUAAUCACACAUGCAAAAGCUCUGCGCAAAGCUUUCCCUGUCCAUAUCAGCCAGCUGCUCUCCUGGCAUUAAGAGGAGUUCUAGUUCAUGAGACCAUAAGCUUUAUGUUUAGAGUGCUGGACAUUGCUCUGUGAACAGCUGCAGCAGCAAAAAUGGCAUUUUCUGAGAAAGAAGAGUUUCCACUGUGGUUUCUUCAUUGUUGGGAAAUUUCUCCUCACCAACAGAUUGAAAUCAGAGGAAGACGGCAAAUCUUACACAAGCACAUGCUUAUUAAGAGAAACCUGUAACAGGUAAAUAUGGAUGCUAGCCAGGGAACAUUACAACAUCUGAGAAGAAUUUCAGCUGAUCCUUGAUCAGAAAAAACAACAGUUCUCUGGCCAGAAACAGCCCUGGCAGUUCCAGGUAUCCAAUUAUCAAUCUCCGUUUCCAAACAAGUGAAACUGGAAACCUGCCCAUUUAUUAACUUCCCCCUCAACAAGCCAUUCACUCGCUCUUAGAAGAACUUCAGAAAAACCUCUCUCAUGUGGACCUCAUGAGGAAUGAAGUCUUAUAAAAGCCUCAUGCACUGGAAGUCUUUCACCCCUCAGAGCUCAAAUUUGAACAAUAUUCUAACUGCAAAAGUGACAUAUCUGGCUAAUGUAGAGAAGGAGGUGAAAGCUCUCUUAAAACAGUAGUAAUUCCCUUUAGGUUGUGGUUUGAUGAAUCCCAGUAGUCUGCUGAAAUCUGGAAAAAUACAUAGUGGGAUAUGAAAACGCCUGCCUGCAAGGAUGGUACCUAAAGGCUUCAGGGCUGCCCUUCCAACCUGGCCUUUCUGCAGGCACCACUCAUUUUUCCAGGGGGAAAAGCAAAUGAACUUUCUCCUUCACCUUACUCAGCAGCUGAUUUGACUUAACAUAAUUCUAAAGACAUGAAUGACACAGAAAUUACGUGAUUAAGUAGAAAGAGCUGAUAGGUUCUAGGAAGCAAGCGCUGCUCUCAGAUGCGCUUGUCUGAAUCUGGAAUAACUUUGAUGAAUUCCAGAUAACAAAUACACUAAUUAAAUAGACAUAAUUAUUUUUAAAUGUCUGCUGGAAGUCAAAAAGAGCUGUGUGAAUUUCCUAGCACAACUUCAGUUGCAUUUGCUGAGUCAAGAGGUGAAAUGAAGAAAUACCAAUUCCUGUAAAUCAUUGAUUAGAAAGUAUAUAUUUUUUUCUUUCAGAGGAUGCUUCCUAGCAAAACAUUACACUGAAAUAAAUUUCAGAUUUGAAAUCUAUUUAAAUUCAUUACAUUUUCUAAAAUAAUUGUGGGUUGACAGGAACUUUGCCUCCAACACGUACAGUAAUUGUGACUGCUUUUGACUAAUCACUAUUUUUGAUGUCAACUCAGGAUUUUUCCACUAUAAAAUCUUUGAAUGAAGAGGAGUAAAAGCCAUACGUAUUAAGCUAAUUAAAUAUGGAUCACAUUUCUACUGGUAUGAUAUAUACAGCUUGCAAAGAAAAAUCCAUAUAUAUUCUAAGAUUCACACCCCUUCAUUCACAGAAGUAAGUUUAAUGGAUCUAGGAGGCAGAAACAGAUGAGCCACAGAUAUAUUGCAAAGCGAUGCAAAGACACUGACAGAAAAUGCAUCACUGACAGUUAAUGAGUAAAUAGAAGAACCUGCUGAUUAUAUUCAGUGAACAUUCCUGUGUAUUUUUAAUGAUGUGAUGUAUGGCUUCUCAUGAAUUCUGUACACCUGAAAGGGUAUCAAAUUCCAAAUGACAUUUGGAUUGUUGCAGUUAAGCUACUACAGAGAUUUUUGAAAUAAACAGAAAA